UGACUAUGACAGUCACAAUAAUUCUUCUUGUCAACUAGUGUAGAACGCGUAUUUUAACGUCCAUUUGACGUGGCAUUAGUUAAUAUCUAAUGUAAUAAUCAUCCCACCUACAAUUAUAGUGUAUUCGUUAUUAAAAUGGGCUUAACGAUAUCUAGUGUUUUAACCCGGUUGUUCGGGAAAAAGCAAAUGAGAAUUUUAAUGGUUGGUUUAGAUGCAGCAGGCAAAACUACUAUUCUUUACAAGUUAAAAUUAGGUGAAAUAGUUACCACAAUUCCGACAAUUGGAUUUAAUGUUGAGACUGUAGAAUACAAGAAUAUAUGCUUUACUGUGUGGGACGUAGGCGGUCAAGACAAAAUUAGGCCUCUAUGGCGUCAUUAUUUUCAAAACACUCAAGGAUUAAUUUUUGUAGUUGAUUCUAAUGAUAGAGAACGUAUAACAGAAGCUGAAAAGGAACUGCAGAAUAUGCUACAAGAAGAUGAAUUACGAGACGCAGUUUUGUUAGUUUUUGCAAACAAACAAGAUCUUCCAAAUGCCAUGUCAGCUGCAGAGUUGACUGAUAAAUUACAGCUGAACCAACUGCGUAAUCGCCAUUGGUACAUUCAAGCUACAUGUGCAACACAAGGGCACGGUUUAUAUGAAGGCCUCGAUUGGUUAUCAAAUGAGCUUGCAAAGAAAUGAAAUAAAAAAUUAAUUAUAAUAAGAAGCUUAAUUAUAAGCAAUUUUGCUGUAAAAUAUAAAUCAGUUUUUGUGAUUUUAUAACUGAUUUUUAUUCAAAACUAUAAUUGUUGUAAUUAUAAUAGUUAUUUUCAUAUUAUUAUACAUAGGUAUUUAUUUUUAAUCCAAAUUCAUACAGUUGUAAAAUAUGU